GUAGGUUAGAGUUGGGCUGUCGUAUCUGUUCUACUAUUAAUCUUGGUUAAGAUGUUGUCAUGCAUUUGGGUCAGUUAUUCUGAAAUGCGUUGCUAUCAGCACAUAUAAAGCAUUCACGUUCUCAGUCAGUCGUUCUUUCUACCGUGGUGUGUGUAUGAGCGGCGUUGCCGACAAGAGAAAGCCCGUGCUGGAUUGUUGCGGAGGGCUGAAUAACGUGGAUUACAGUAAGGUGGACAUGUCAGUAAUGGAGGAUGUUCUGAAGCACAUAGACUUCUAUGACCCCAGGUUCUGUGUUGCUGUCAUCGCCAUCAUCUUCAACCCUUUCUUCUGGAAUGUGGUGGCGCGUUGGGAGCAUCGUACGAGAGGUCUGACCAGACUGUUUGGGGGUCCCUAUCUGGCCUGCUACUGCCUAGGCACCCUCAUCAUCCUCCUCAAUGUCUACCGCAGCCACAGUAUGACAGUGGCGAUGAAGGCCCAGGCGAGGUGGGAGGUGAUGGCCAGCCCAGAGGUGUUCUACGCGGGGGCAGCUCUCAUGGCCCUGGGCUCUGUCUUGGUGGUCACCAGCUUCCUGGCUCUCGGAUUCACUGGGACCUUCCUGGGUGACUAUUUUGGGAUCCUGAUGGAAGAGAAAGUGAAAGGUUUCCCCUUCAAUGUAACUGAGAACCCUAUGUACUGGGGCAGCACUGCCAACUAUCUGGGACUCGCAUUCAUCUCACCUCUAAUGCGAUGGCUGAAACUGCUUAUCUUUGACGAGGCGUUUGAUGUCAGCUGGCAGAGAAGACGACGCUACUCACAGCUGGUUUUCCAGGAAUGCCAGUCCGGUGGGGUUGGUGCUGACAGCAGUGGUAGCCAUUUCAUACAAAGUGGCCAUCAUCUUUGAGGGACCUUUCACCGAGGAUAUCUAUCGACAGAGAGCACAGUGCUGCAAGCACAAAUAAAGAGGAAGGAUGGACUGUGUUUGUCCAAGGAUCAUACCUACAGAUCAGAGACUACCAGACUGACUACCAGGCCACACACCACAUCAGCCUGCUGCACAGAGCACGAGAGGUGGGCUAGAGAGAAGGGAGGUGUUUUUGCCUUUCUGGCAAAGAUCAAGUACACAGUCUUCCUCCUGGCCCAAUUCCAAGAUAUUCUACUUCUCUUUAUAAAAACUUUGAUCCCUGCUUGCACUAUUUUAAUAGCAAGUUUUAACAAUGCAAGGGCUGGAUCAAUGGUUUUCAGCUUUUAAAUGGAAUGCGCUGUAGUUUUCAUAUUUCACACUAUUUAGUCGUGUAGUUGACAUUUUUAUCUCAAAAGCCAAUGACAAUCAUUCCAUAAUGUCUUCUGCAUGGCUAUGUUGGCAGAGUCCCAUGUAUCUCAAUGAAACUGUAAAUACAGAUCUGAUCCCAUAA